AUGGCAACUACUCCUACUCCGACUCCGACUCUUGCAUUGGAUCCGAUCCUUUCGAUCACCACAAACGACAACGAUGACCAAACGAAUGCCGCAGGUGAAAAGAAAGAAAAAAGAAAGAAGGGACCGACCUAUCAAGAACAUGAGGAUGCUCAGCUCUGCUGCUCCUGGAUUGAGGUCUCAGAAGAUCCAAGCGUCGGGACCGAUCAAGCAAGUACUCGGUUCUGGGAUCGCAUCUCGAAAUGCUACCACGAUGCGAUUCCACAGCCACCUCGACCAAUCGGCAGUAUCAAGGGUCGAUGGCAGCUCAUCUCGCAUGGCGUCAGCAAGUUCACCGGAUGCGUCAAGCAUAUUGACCGCUUGAAUGCCAGCGGGGCCACCUCCGAGGAUCGCUUGACACAGGCUCUCUCGCUUUUCGCCGAGCUUCAAGGAAAAACUUUUACGUAUCUUCGGUGCUACAACAUUCUCGUCUCCUCUCCCAAAUGGACCGAAUAUUUCCAGGACUUGGAAGCGAGGCAUGUGGAUGGGUCAAAGAAAAAGAAGAAGCGAGCGAGGAGCCCGAGCAGUGAAGCACCCCCAUUGAAUUCUGGACAAACAUCCGAUACCGAGACUCCGACUGAGACUCCAUCUGCCACCCCUGUUCAAUCUGAGCCCGAACGACCAGUUGGAAAAAAAAAGGCCAAAGCCUUCGUACGAGAGGCCACUCAGGAGGCGCGUAUUAUGAAGGAUAUGGCACUCGCUCAAGCUGAGAUCGCAAGCCAAUCGAAGAGACAAAACGAUAUCUAUCAAUCUCAGACUCAAACGAUGCAGACGAUGGCCAACGCAGCGAUUAUGAAUAAAGACCUCACUGGACUCGAUGAGGUCACUCAGGAGUUCUAUCGACUCCAGAGGGAGCAGAUCAUGCUCCAGCUCCGAGAACGAUCUAGAGAGGCUCAAGUGGAGAGAGCUAGAGCAACUGCUGAAGGCGAGCAAGCAGGAGCCUCUUUGUCCAAUACUCAAGCGACUCAAUCAAACACUCAAGCAAGUACAGUCACAUCUACAUCUACCUCAAUCGAUCUCCCUCAGUCAUUGAUCUGA